AAACCAAUACAAAUUUCUUUUCUCUUGGAGCAAGCGACAGUAACACCUGCUUCAAGAUAGAGGAGCAAUUUCCAUGAAGAAGAUGAGUUAGGAGAUUCUGCUUCUUCAACCCCAUCAUCUCCAAACAACAACAAUUUUUGUAUCAUAUUUUCAUCUUCCAUUUUGCAUCAAUGGCUGAUCAAUCGGAAUUGGAGUCGUCGCCUCUCUUGACUCCACCCCCGAUCGCCGACGCCACCGAGAUCGACCUCGAGGCCGGCCCUGCUGACCAAAUUCAGUGCCGAAUUUGCCUCGAAACCGACGGUAGAGAUUUUAUUGCUCCUUGCAAGUGCAAAGGUACCUCAAAGUAUGUGCACCGAGAAUGUUUAGAUCAUUGGCGAGCUGUAAGGGAAGGGUUCGCUUUUGCUCAUUGUACUACUUGCAAAGCCCCAUACUAUUUAAGAGUUCAAGCUGCUGCUGACAGGAAGUGGCGAACCCUUAAAUUUCGAUUCUUUGUGACCAGAGACAUUCUCUCUAUAUUUAUGGCUGUUCAGCUUGUCAUUGCUUCACUGGGAUAUUUGAUUUAUUUAAUUGAUAGUUACCAUAACUCAUGGCUCCGUCUAGCAUGGGGUUUCGAUAGUGUGCUCAGUUUCCAUUACAUAUGUGGAGCACUAUUAUUUUUUGCUAUGCUGGGGUUAUCUGGAUGCUUCAUUACUUGUUAUGAUAGAAGAGUGCGCAAUGAUUUGGCACAGCCUUGUCGAGAAUUAUGUUUGUGUUGCUGUCAUCCCGGAAUCUGUGCUGACUGCCAUUUACCUGGCACUAUUUGCAUGUGGACUGACUGUGCCACAUGCUUUGAGAGCUGCACUAGUGCUGUCGGUGAAUGUGGUUGCUUGGGAGGUGCUGGCGAAGCUGGGCUACCAUUGUUGUUCAUAAUGGCUUUAAUUGUGCUUGGACUAUUUACCGUGAUUGGCAUAUUCUAUAGUGUUCUGGUGGCUACAAUGGUUGGACAAAGGAUCUGGCAGCGGCACUAUCACAUUCUUGCAAAAAGAAUGCUGACAAAAGAAUACGUAGUCGAGGAUGUUGAUGGUGAGAUGUCUGGAACUGAUUGGUCUCCUCCACCGCUCCCAUCUGAGCAUGUCCAGCAGCUGAAAUCACUAGGCCUUCUGUGAGUUCUGAUACUCUAUAUAACAUCAUUGACAACAACAGCAUAAUGUUUAGCCGGCACCAUAUUUUGGUAUGUCACCCAUCACUAUAAUAUGAGCUCAUCUAUAAACCCCUAAGAAAAUAGAAGACGAGAAUUUGUAUUCAGAAAUGUUUUCAGUCCAGCUUGCACUAAAAACAUCAGUUCGGGGUUUGAAAAUACAAAAAUACUCUUAAUGGAUCAGAGGUGCACAAUGUUUCAUUAAUAGUAUUUUUGCCUGUUCCUACCUUGGGCUGAUAUUUUUAGGUGCAGUCUGUCCUGAAAAAACUGCAUUCUGAUUUAUAUAUAUAUCUGUAGUUACAUUUGUAACUUGUAAGUCUGUGAAUGCUGAGAAACUCUCUUUUUUUUUUUCCUUGUUCCUGUAAUUUUUACAAUUAGUUAUCAAGGAAAACAAAAUAACUGAUGACAGGUAUU